UCGGCGAUGUGGGUGGAGAGCUUGUUUAUUUUCGUGGCUAGCUUUUCGGCCAGCGUGGUGUUGUCGGCUAAUAUUCUCCCCCCACAUGUAGUCUAAACUGACCAGUGACCGACCGCGUCCUUGCACAACGGCUUCACUCGGGGUUCUCGGAAGAACUUGCCAAAAAGGUUCGCCGUAGGAUCCGGCGAAGGUGGCGAAUGUGGUUAGCUUUAGCAUAGCUAGUAACAGCGGGCGUGCGAGCUAACGUUGCGUUACUCCUGGAGGAGUGUAACAAGCGCAUUUGCCUACAGUGGAAGUCGUGCUACUUCUGGAACUAAUCACGGUUGCUGAAGCUCGGCUUCUUUAACGGAGACUGCCCAGGCUCUGGAGACAGAGAGAGGAUAAACGUUACCAAGGUCAACGCAUCGAAAAGCGAAAUGUCAAUCACAAAUACUCCCACCAGCAACGAUGCCUGUCUGAGCAUCGUGCACAGCCUGAUGUGCCACCGUCAGGGAGGAGAGAGUGAAAGCUUUGCCAAGCGGGCCAUUGAGAGUCUGGUGAAGAAGCUGAAGGAGAAGAAAGAUGAGCUGGAUUCUCUCAUCACAGCCAUCACAACUAAUGGCGCUCAUCCCAGCAAGUGUGUCACCAUACAACGAACUUUAGAUGGCCGCCUUCAGGUUGCCGGGCGCAAAGGAUUUCCCCAUGUGGUCUAUGCCCGACUCUGGCGAUGGCCUGAUCUACAUAAGAACGAACUUAAACACGUGAAAUAUUGCCAGUAUGCCUUCGACCUCAAAUGUGACAAUGUUUGUGUCAAUCCGUACCACUACGAGAGAGUCGUCUCCCCAGGUAUUGAUCUAUCGGGACUAACACUUUCAAGUUCUGGGCCCCUGAUGGUAAAGGAUGAAUACGACUAUGACAACCAGCAAUCUCACUCCAGCUCUGAAAGUCACCUGCAAACUAUCCAGCAUCCGCCGUCAAGACCAGGCCCACAGGAGACCUUCAGCAGCCCAGCUCUACUCCCUCCGUCAGAGGGAACCAGCUCUGCCUCAACUUCAGCAUUCUCCUCCAUCAGUGCUGGACCCUCAAAUCCAACCUCAAACUGGAGCCGGAACAGCAGCUUCACUCCUGCGGUGCCGCAGCAUCAAAAUGGGCACUUACAACACCACCCGCCCAUGCCACACACAGGACACUACUGGCCAGUCACCAAUGAAAUUGCAUUCCAGCCACCCAUAUCCAAUCACCCUGCGCCCGAGUACUGGUGUUCGAUCGCUUACUUUGAGAUGGAUGUCCAGGUCGGUGAGACAUUCAAGGUGCCUUCCACGUGUCCCAUUGUGACAGUGGACGGUUAUGUCGACCCCUCGGGCGGCGACCGCUUCUGUCUCGGUCAGCUGAGCAACGUUCACCGGACAGAAAACAUUGAGAGAGCCAGGCUCCACAUUGGAAAGGGUGUGCAGCUGGAAUGCAAGGGUGAAGGCGACGUGUGGGUGCGCUGUCUGAGUGAUCAUGCAGUGUUUGUGCAGAGCUACUAUCUGGACCGAGAAGCUGGACGUGCUCCUGGAGAUGCUGUACACAAGAUCUACCCCAGCGCUUACAUCAAGGUGUUUGACCUGCGUCAGUGCCACCGGCAGAUGCAGCAGCAGGCGGCGACAGCUCAAGCGGCAGCUGCUGCUCAGGCAGCCGCCGUGGCAGGAAACAUUCCUGGACCAGGAUCUGUUGGUGGCAUCGCCCCAGCCAUCAGUUUAUCAGCUGCUGCAGGCAUCGGGGUGGACGACCUGCGCCGGCUGUGCAUCCUCCGCAUGAGCUUCGUGAAGGGCUGGGGGCCCGACUAUCCCCGACAGAGCAUCAAGGAGACGCCCUGCUGGAUCGAGAUCCAUCUACAUCGAGCUCUACAGCUGCUGGACGAAGUCCUACACACCAUGCCCAUCGCUGACCCGCAACCUCUUGACUGAGCAUGAGCACUGUACAGAGACAAAGGAUAGAAAACAGACUUUAAAUGAAACCCUCUAUACUGACGGGCAGAGUGCCAGAGCAGAACCGGAUCCACUGGAAAGCCUGGCUCAGUGGCUGUAGGAGAGCAGGACUAAAGUUACUGUUGAGAUCUCACUGGUGUCAAUGAGCAUCUCUGCUACAGCACACAGGAACAUGUGAGUCACUCUUUUAAAUUUCAUUCAACAUGUGAAGAGCUGCCAGUGUUGUGACAAGUUGAGGCUCCUGCAACACGUUUCAGGGAAAAUGAUGUCAAUUUCAAGAAUAAAUGUGUUUUAUUCAAAAACGGUAAUUCACCAAAAAUAGCCCUAUGGAAACACUCAGUUUGAAAAGAAGAUGGACGUGACCGUAAUUCAAUUUUGUUACACUCUCCCUGCGGUGGUGUUAACAUCAACAUCAAGUCUGGUCAUCUGUAAAAACACUCGACACCAGGGAUGGGUGAUAACUUAUGGUUCACAGUAUACCACCAAACACAAGCUCCACAAUGACAAUUCUGCAUCUCACGAUACAUUUGAUAAACACGCGGCUCACUCGCUGCAUUGGACCUGCACCCAUGAACAUGACGAGACCGUGACGGCGCGCCGCGCUCUCCAGCUCAACAGCGUUUGACUGUUGACAGUUGUUGAGAGUGGUGGACUUUGGUUCACCAUCGUAGUUUUAAUCUUAUUUUUAAUCCAGGGAACCUUUGAUAAUGACACUGGUCGACUCUGAGUCUCUGGAUACCUGUUUCUUUUAUUAGAUGGACUGGUCCUCAUAGGUUCUCUGACGCAGUCGUCUGCCUUGGUUCACAUCAACACAUGCAGGUCUCCCGCUGCACUGGCACCUUGGUGAAACACCGUGGUGAAAAUAGUUGGAUAUUGGACGGAGCUGCGCUAGGAUAUUGGUGGCGGCGUCCUCUUCCGUGUCCCCAUUAGGGUUCACUGAUCGUGGACACACUCUCACAGGCAACGCUAAUGCUACGACCCUUUCUUCAAUAGCAUCUAGGAAAUGUGUCCAGACUGGUCCAUAGUUCAAGUCAACUGUUCAGAGACAUGAGAUACAGCAGACAGACGGCUCAAUUUAACCCCUAAAUAAAGCUGGCAGAGCAGUCUGUCAGACACCAGCGGCUUCUACCAGAGACGUGAAACACUGAAUUUCUCAUCUCUGCACUUGGUUAACUAUUAUAUUGAAACAUAAACAAAUAAUGAUGUUGCAGACAAACUCCACUAAUGAGUUUCAUCAUAAAACAGUUUCAAGAGAGACUGUAGCGUCCAACACAUGCAAGAGAAUGAACAUGGAUUUAUCGUGAGAAUUACCAUUAUCACCGAAAUGACGACAGUUAUUGCGAUCAUUUUUGUCCAUAUCACCCAUCCCUAGUGGACACAGUUAGUGCCUCGCAGUUCCUUGGAUCCAAACCAGAAAAAAAUGUUCUUUUUGAGUCACUUAACGGCUCCUGAGUGCUGAGAGAAGCUGCUCUGCUGUGCUGCUCACUGAGUAGUUUUUGCUUGUUGUUGUGAAAGGAAAUGAAGUGCACCGUAGUCGUCUUCAUAAGGGUUACACAAGAUUGACUACUGCCGUAAAGACUACGACUUUUGCGGUGCUAACUCCUUUAUCUGUGGUCACAUGACUCCACCUGGCUCCUGUCCUCCGUUGGCACUCUGCUCUCAUGUUCCCCCUCAGAUCGGGAAGUUCAUGUAAAAACGUAUUAUUCACGGCUCAUGUUAUGUAAUCUUUUUUUCAAGGCAGACCGUCUUUGAUGUUUUUAAAACUUCUAUUCCCUAUUUGAAUAGUUUUAACUUCUUCAAGGUCAAUUGUAAUUUUUUUUAUUAUUAUUAUAAGCUCUCGAACACGGUUUAGAAUCAUGAAUAGUGUAAACUUUUUUUCAAUCCAUUCUGAAGGACUCAGAAAGCCCAGGUUUGUGUAACUUUUGUAAUUAUGUAUUUUCAAAUUAGAUGCCCACAUUGUGUCCUAUAGCACUUUAAUUUGCUCGAGUAUUUAGUCUUGUUUCAUAGUCUCAUGUGUGGUAACGUGUCAUAUCCAUUUAAUCUUAGCCUAGCCCAAACUUGCUGAUGAUUUUAGUGAAAAUCAUGACGUAAAUAAAAAAAAAAAGAAAAUGCAAGCAUGUUUGUGCAGCUGCAAAUUACCCGCUUUGGUUUGAAAUGUUGAGGAUGUCGGGGCCACUGUGAGACGGUUUUAGCUGCGCCCGUGCCUCGUGUUGCCCCACCCCACCCCCACACCAGCGAGCUGUGAGAGGAAGUGAAGGCGACGCCUCGGUGUUUCUGACGCUUCAGUUUCACAGUUGGCAUCUAACCUUCCGCUCGGCACGAUCGUGUACCUUCAGCUGUGGCAGUAUUUUAUACUUUACCUACCUUGACAUCGAUGAACCGUUCAUGCUGUGGUAGAAACGGCUUUCUGUAUGAUUUGAUGGAAUUGCAAGUUCAUCCUCGUCUUCACAGUGAUGUCACGCAUUCGGGAUUUGGACUGAUGAUGGUGUUAAUGUGCGGAAACGGUCGAAUAAAAGUUGAUGGGCAAACA